GAAAUUGGACUUUUGCCAAACUCCCAACUACAGAAGUUAGACUUAAUUUCACAGUUCUGUGCCUUAUGUACUGUGUUGUCACUAAUGCCAGUCACAUUUAAUCUAUGGCAACUACACAAUGGCCUUAGCUUCCUAAAAUUUGAAAUAUGCACCAUAAAAUGUAGGGAUAAGCAAUACAAUGUAAAUUUUCUACAUCAAUUUAUAAAGUUACGGCCACCAUACAACCGCUGCAUAGCAAAUGUGACUAAGGCUUUUAACACAGGUUUUACUGUAUAUGAAAUAUUGGGUAUUUCACAAAAAUCUGAAUACUUUCUUGAAAAUUUCCUGGAUAUAUGCAAAAAUAUUGCUCCAAAAUGUUGAGUGUGUCGUGGCUUGUACUAUUCUUUCAACCAAUCAUUUUACAAUGUAACUUAUCCUCCUUGAGCAUGAGCAUGAAUCAAUGGCCACAUAUUCUGUUUGACCACCAAUUAA